AUGUUAUUUAUCUAUCAACAUAUCGAUCUAUUUAUCUAUCUGUAUAUCUAUUCAUGCCACUCUGCAUAUUACUUUUCUAGGUAUACAUUCCAGUCUGUACAUUAUCUAUCUAUCUAUCUAUCUAUCUAUCUAUCAUAUCUAUUCUUCAUUAUCAAUCGCACUCUUUCGCUCUCUCUCUCUGUCUCUCUCUCUGUCUCUCUCUCCCUCUCUCUUAGUUUCUUAAUUACCUAUCGGUCUUUCUCUGUCAAGUUAUUCAUCAUCUAUCGCACUCUCUCUCAAUUUCUUUAUUAUCUCUCUCUCUCAGUUUCUUCGUUAUCUAUUGCUCUCUGUCUCCUAGCUUCUUCAUUAUCUAUCUAUCUAUCUAUCUAUCUAUCUAUCUAUCUCUAUCUAUCUAUCUAUCUCAAUUUCUUCAUUGUCUCUCUAUCUCAGCGUCUGCCUUAUCUAUCAAUCUACCGAUCUAUGUCUCUUGAUUAUGUAUCUAAGUCAAUCAGUUUUUCCUUUUCUAUCUAUCUAUCUAUCUAUCUCAGUCUCUAUGUUAUCUAUAUAUCUAUCUCAAGCUAUCUAUCUAUCUAUCUAUCUAUCUAUCUAAUACUAAAAUUCUGUGAUUCGUGCUUGCGUGGUGCGUCGUCCGUCCGUCCGUCCGUCCGUCCGUCCGCCGCAUAA